GCUGCUAGCGGCGCGCGAGCUUGAAUCGUCGUCGCAGCGGGUCUUCCUCUCGCCACUAAUGAAGGAGUCCCAAAGACGAGCCACUCGGUGUCCCAAACAGGUCCGGACCCCGUCCCGUACAGCAACAGCAGCAGGAUGCAUCACAUGCUGUGGAUAUACGUCGCCCUCACCAUCCUGCCGGCUUUCGCCUACGCCGUGGCGUUUCCUCACUUUAUCAGAGUGGCGGACGAGUGUGAUAUGGAGACGAUCCGGGAGAAGGUGAAUGCCACCAACGAGCGACUCCGGAGGACCGACUACAAGGAUGGACACGCGUACUCGAAGCAAACUUGUCAGGAGCUGGAGAUCCUGUUUAGCGCCAUCGAGUCUCGGAUCGGGCGCUGCUCUGACUCGGAGAGGAACCGGCUGGGUCUGCUCGUCGAGAGCGGGCGAAUGACGGCCGAACUCAAGUGCCGGGACUCGCUUGACAGUGAGGCGAAAAUGUACAUCAACUGCUUGCGAAACUACAACCACAGCGGGGAUCAGUGCUCAGAGAGGCUGCGCACCCUUAAGGACCAGUACAAGGAAUACUCCGAGGGGCUCACCAACACAAACGACGUCUGCUGUGCCUACCACUCGUACCACAAGUGCCUGGGUGACCGCUUGGGGAACGCCUGCGGGGAAGACGCCCGCCAGCACGUCGAGCUGUACGCCGACAAGCUGACCAACCGGCUGCUGUACAACUUCUGCCGAAACUACGAAACCUCGGUGUGCGUCGAUGUCGACGCGGGCACGACACGUCUCGCCAGCGCGGCAAGAACCGCGCUGGCAUCAGCGGUUCUCGCAUACGUCACCGGCUACCUGUUGUGGUAGCUGCCCAUGGGCGCAGAUGCGCUUUCGUAUAAACGAUGGUGUCGUUAUAGUCCGAGCUGCGUACAAUACGUGGAAGCUAUAGAAGUGGCCAACUGCACGCAUGCGUUCGGGGCACCGCUACCUUGCUCAAGCCGAAUUCUCGCCCGCACAUUUCGAAUGCUCUGAUCUCUAAUUGUUGAGUAGCAGGAUGUGUGCAUGGGUGAAAAAUUCGGACUUCAAAUAAGGUCAGCCGACUGUGCGAAAUGGUAGAGAUUUAUGUUUACAGGCCCAUUAAUGGGAAGGUGAAACGGAAGAUACGCCGGUAUUAAGUUAGAAUUAUCAUGAGAAAAACAGGAAAUGUAUGCAGCUGUUAAAAUUAUAAAUUCUCAGGAAAAAGACAAGAAAAAAAAAAAGAACGACGGGCACGAGACUCACGCAUGUAUACCAGCAUUCAUAGCUAAUACGCGUGAUACGUGUGAUAUUAUCAAAUUUUAUAUCACCGACGCUUAUUGGAAUAUACUUUUUACUCCCCCAAUCUGGACUAUAUAUUUAUUCCCACGAAAGUGUUUGGACUAAACAUAAAUUUUGUACUUGAUGGUAGAGACUACAAAAUUGUUCUCGGCCGCGAUUACGCAUAGCGGAACGUCGGCCUUGGAUGGCGGCUUAAAGUGCGGCAUUUUGCGAUACGCCUGCGUGCCUCUAGCAUUUCUAGUGGCUGUAUUGUGCCCACUAGCGUUUUCUUAUGCAUACAUUUCGUGUUUUCCAUGUAAAAAUUUAGCUGGAGAUUCGCACAUGCACUGUCGUUGUUCGAUUCAAUUGCAGUGGCUCUGUCAACUCAUAGCUCUAUAGGUUUUUACAAGUCCAGUUCAUUGUCACGUAGAGGAGUGUUUACGCACCAAGCGUAUUUGUAAAGUUAGCAGUAUAUUACGGUAUUUCAUUUGCUGCUGUUCGCAAUAUGCAAAGGGUCAUGUUGGUUGAAAUUCCUUUCAGCUCAAGAAACUCAAAUAAUCUAGAAUUCUCUCGAGGUUGUCCUGAUUCCUGUCCAUGAUGCAAUGCAUUUGGAUUCCGCACCUCGAGACAACACAUUAGAGGGUUGACAAACGCUCCUCCUGUAUUAAUUGUAUCUAUAGCAGCACAACCACAGAAGCGAGAACAUCUUGAGUGGAUGUUUGCAUAACAUAGCGCACACCACUGUUGUAUUGUACAGACAGUGUAAUUCAUUUUAAUAAUCUUUCACAUGCCAGUACAGCGAUCUUGUAUGAUUUCGUUAUAGUUACGCUGUUUAAUUCGUUGAAUUGCUCUGUACCUUUCAUUGAUCACGAAUUAAAACAGUAGAGUAGAAAA